AUGGCGGCGAAGAAACAAGACACGUGGGAUGUUUUUAGAGAGAAAAUGAAAGACAAGCGAUGUAAAAAAGGACAACCAGCCGUAAACAAAAAAGGUUUGAGCGCCGGAGAUCUGAUUGUACGUAACGGGGAACUUGUAGUUCAAAGACUGAGCUCGGAAGUAUCAGGCAAAGCCCAAAAAUACAGCCGGAUUGGGGCACGUGAGUUUGUCCCAUUUAACGAAGAAGUCAGUAUUCAUGCAAUCAAAGCGGCAUGCGAAAGACAUUACAAGUCCUUGUCAGAGGAAGGAUUAAAAUGUGACGUAUUAGCAGGAGACCAAGGACCCUCUUGCUUAUCAAUGGAACAUGUUCGUGAUCUUAAAGUAGUCCAUGUCAGAUUCAUCAAACCACAAAUAAAUCGGCCAUCCACUUCGUUUGUAUCCAAAGGUAUUAUGAGAGAAGAAAAUCCCGCAUUCAGUUUCAUGAGUGAAUGUGUUCAUUUGAGAGAAAGCCCUGAUAAAAGGAAAAUUAAAAGUGAAAGAUGUUCAUCGUCUGCUGCAAAAAGGCCUGCCCCCAAAAGCUUGACAGUAUCACAAAUGAUCAAACUGGGAAAGCUAAUCAAGCCUAGCGUUGCUGAUACAACCCACACAAUGAUCAUUGACGUGUUCAGCUUUGAUUUUAGCAGUUUGUCCUGGUCUGUACUCCCACAGUGGAAUUUAUUGUUGAAAAUUCUGUACUUGGAGAAGGUACAGUAUAAGGCGCCAAUCAAUUACAGUGGAAUUUAUUGUUGAAAAUUCUGUACUUGGAGAAGGUACAGUAUAAGGCGCCAAUCAAUUUAUAGGUUAGCACUCUUUUCCAUCUGGCAAAUUAACCUGAUGUCAUUAUCGGGAAGAUGAAAGAGGUUUUAAAUGGCUAUGUAACUAAUUCAAACCCUACCCCAACUCUAACCGCAACCCUAGUUCUAUCCCUAACCAAAAUAAUAAAAAAAAAUGCAAAAAGAAACAGCUUUAGAAAAUUUCAAUAGGGCGGUUUGCUGGAUGGAAAAUAGCACUAACCCAAUGUAUACUGUAAACAUUCAUGAAACAUUUCAUGAAUGUAAAUUUGCGCGAUAUUAGCAUUAAAUUAUUAUUAUUAUUACCUAAUGCUUUAUAAAGUUUCCAGGAUGUAUUUAAAGUAUACUCCAAGCCCCAUGUAUUGUGACUCAGCGUCAAAUACCCUACUCUAACAGCUGUUCAAAAGGUCAAAUUUCUUACUCUGGGUAUAGAGCAAUGUGUCAAAUGUUUGGGGUCCCCCCGGGGGGGGGGGGAUGUUAACAGUAUAAAUUGAUUGGUACAUAAAUAUAUUUAAAUCCUGUAUGACACUAUAGUUUUAGUAUUUUGUUUCUCAGGAACCUACUGAAGAAUGAUAGCUUUUUGUGAAUGUUAUAAAUAUUAUUUAAGGUGGUUUCCGUAAAGCCUACAAAGCUAGCAGCAACACUGCUGGAUUUGAAGGCAAAGAUUGGGUCGUAAAGAGAUACUUAGAAAAAGUUGUCAAUGAGGUGACAAAUGAUCUUGGCCAAUCUAUGGAAGAGCAAACUAAGAAAGUAGUUCAGAUGCACCAUCUUUCCAAAAAUUUUGCUGAUCAGCUUUCAAAAACUGUGAAGCAGAAGAAUAUUUGUGAGAAGUUUGGUCCUGUCAUGCAGUUUCAAAUGGUCUACUUUGGUAAGAUACAAGGUACAGGUGAAUGCAUAACAAUUGAGCGGUACAUCAAGGGCGAAUUUGUUAAGUAUGUAAAUAACACAGGAGAACUAUGUGUUUCCAGUGGCCAUUUGCUUGGCCAAAAAGCAGAGUGCUUGGUCCACUUUUCAUAUGAGAAGUCCAAUCAUCAGUUAAUGGUCCUUGAUCUGCAAGGGAGCAGUCAUAUGCUGUUUGAUCCAGAAGUAGCCUCAAAAAAGCUUGUUGGUGAGGAAAAUGAAUUUAUGUUUUGCGCUGGAAAUCUUAGUGCCGACGCAAUCAAAACAUUUGUUCAGAACCAUAAGUGCAACAAAUUUUGCCAGUUACUUGGACUGAAUUCGAUAGCAUAG